AUGAGGCCCCGGUACAAAGUGGCAUACAAAAUGGUGACAGAGAUGGAGUGGAAGUGUUGCCAUGGAUACAGUGGAGAGGAUUGCAGUGAUGGUCCAAUUGGAGGAGGUCAGAUUUCCAUCAGACCUCAGCCCAGACCAGGACAGGGAGGACACGGAGGACAGGGAGGAGACACCAGCUAUGGACAAGGAGGAGGAGGACACAGUGGACGAGCUGACAAUGAGAAGAUGAAACAGCUGGAGGAGAAGAUCCAGAGUAUGACCAAAACCCUCCAGGACCUCCAGUCCACCCUUAACAGAGUCACUGCAGGACCAGGAGGAGGAGCAGGAGAAGCAGGAGGAACAGGAGGAGGAAGAAACCCUGCUGAUGCAGCUCAGCCAGAGAUUAAAGAGACGAUUCACAACAUUCAGACCAAACUGGACCAACUGGACAACCGAACACAGGCUCACGAUAAAACCCUGGUCAGCAUCAAUAACCACCUGGUGAAUGGGAAAGGGAACGAGCUGGAUGGAGGUGCGUCUGGAGGAGGACUGAGUGGAGGGAGGCUGAGCUCACUGAAGGAGGAGAUCCUGAGGGAGCUGGAGAGUCGGGUGUCGCUCUCCUGCUCCUCCUGUCAGGCUGGUGUGGAGGAUCUCCGCAGACAGCAGCAGGAGGACAGAGAGACCAUCAGAGCUCUGCAGAAACAGCUCAAUGUUGCAGAUGUUCGAUAUCAGCAGGGCCUGGAUGGGCUGCGACGGGAGGUGGCACGUAUGAAAGGAUGCUGUGACACCAUCAAUGACCUCCAAAACCGCAUGACUGAUGCGGAGCGUAAGAUCAGCUCAGCCUCAGAGAACUUUGACGUUCUGCAGAACCGUGUGGACGAGGAGCUUGGCAGAGAAGGCGGCGGCAACAACAAGAACGGCGGCUUCAGAGGAGGGGGGUUUGGUGGUGGAAUUGGGGGAAGUGGGGGAAGUGGGAGGGACUCUGUGGUGACAGAGGAUCGACUGGAUAACCGGCUGAAGGACCUGGAGCGACGGAUCAACAACACAGUGCAGCGGAGCGAGCAGAGCUGCUCGCAUCUGGAGAACGACUUAAAGGACUACUUUCACAGAGAACUGGGGGACCUGAGGACCGUGUUCCUGGACCGCUUUGACGACCAGGCCUUCAGGAUCGCAGACGUCGAGCUGGACGUGGGGCUGGUCAAGGACAGGGUGAGCGACCACGGCAAGAGGCUGUCGAAGCUGGAAAACACCACACACAUCAUGAGCCGACAUUUGGAGGAGUGCAGCUGUGGAGGAGCUGCAGGAGGAGCAGGAGGUGGAGCAGGAGGAGGAGACCAGGUCCAUGGAGGAGGAAGGUGGGAAGCAGGUGGAGGAGGAUCUAGAGGAGGAUUACCUGGGACGGGAGGAGAGAGAGAAAGUACCACAGAGAAGUCCCUGGAGUGGAGAGUGGUGGCCAACGAGGACCAGAUUCGACACUUUAACACUCGCCUCAAAGACCUGUCGGUUUCUGGAGACUCACUGCACGAUAAGGUGGUAGACCUGAGCCAUGACGUCCGUAAGAUCAAGGCUCUGACCGGAGAUCACGGUGAACACUUUAACCGAAUCGUGACGGAGGUGGAGCUGCUGGGACAUGACUGCGAGCUGUGCGGGAAGGUGGAGGACGAGCUGCGGAGGCUGAAGAAUCAUUCCCAGGAUGCAAUGGGGCGCAUGCAGAGUCACAUCAACAGACUCCAGGUCAGACUGGACUCAGGGAGAGAUGGCUGCUGUCUACGGCUGGAGGAUGAUGUCCGUCUGCUGCGCGAUGACGUCAGGAGGUGCUCCGGCCAAUGUAAUAGCGGCCCGGACACGCCCACAGGUCAGAGCAACCAAUCACACAACUCAGGUGCUGGUUCUGCUGGGCGUGGACCGGAGCUGGAUCCUGAGAAGCCUUUGGACGGCCACAGUGUGAUUGGAGGCUCCAUCAACAACAACCAGCUGAAGACGCUGCAGGGCGAACUGUCCGAGGUUAUCCUCACCUUCAGCUCUAUCAACGACACGCUGAAGGGACUCGAACACACGGUGCAGAAACAUGGCAGCGUCAUCACAGAUCUUGGAAACACAAAGGACAAGAUCAUUUCUGAGCUGGACAAAAUCCAGCAGGAGGUUACGGAGCACAUUGAGGAGAGCCGUGACCGUCUGGACGGGAUGGACCGGGACGUCCGGCGCUUCGAGAGCACACUCCUGGUGGAGAUGGGAGACUGUCGGAGGUCCGGAGAUGGUCUGGAGAAAAGGCUGUCGAAGCUGGAGGGAGUCUGUGGGAGGCUGGACGGCGUCUCUGACUCUACCCUCAAGAUUAAAGAAGGUCUGAACCGUCAUGUGUCGAGUUUGUGGACAUGUGUUUCUGGUCUGAAUGAGUCAGUGUACCAUCACGGGGGAAUCAUGGACAUCCUUCAGAAGAACCAGGACGACGUCUACAGCAGGAUGAAGAACUUGAACUCCAGCUUGAACCAGGUUCUCAAAGACCUUCAGAGUUUCUCUGAGCAGGAUCUGACCGAUUGUUCUUUUGCCAUGCAAGACUUUCCAGCGUUCUAUUCCUAUCGGCCUUCCUGUUGCCGAAUCUGCUCGUCCCUGAACAACCAGCUCUAUCUCCGUCCCGGUGAUCUGACCUGCCUUCUGUCUCCUGACUCUGAGUUCGGUCUGCGCUUUCCUGAUCCCUAUUCUCCGAAAGAAGGUGGAAUUCAGCGAGCCUGCUCGUCUGCGAGAUCCGCCAUCACUGGAUACAUCAUGCUGGUGAAGGUGAGAUUUGGAGAAACGCAGAAGUAUGUCAAAGUGGCUGAGACUGAAGAUGGCUAUGAUGACUUCAACACAUUUCUUCAGAAAGUCAUUCAAAAGCUAGACCUUCCACUUGAGACUGAGCUGCACUUGACAGAUGAAUCAGGGACAGAAGUCGAUGCAGAUGUGUUUGAGGAGCUUUUGCAAGCAGGGAACCUUACUGUUAGGGUGUCAACUGAAAAGUCAACAGGAAUACUUCUAUGUGGAUCUGGGUACUUGGCCCGGAGGAUAAAAACUGUUCAGCACAACACUGCAGCUCAGUCCCAGAGAUCUUCCACCAGCACACCCUACCAGGACAGUCCAAAGACAAAGAGAGAGGUUCUCUGCACAGAUAAGCAGCUGCUUGGCUGGGACAGUGACUUAUCAAGCAUUCUGCUGUUGGUUCACUUGCUGCCGCCCACGUCCAAAGGCCACAAGAAGAGUCCUAAAAUCAGCGCAUAUGGGAGCCAGUGUCAAAAUGUUCCUUGCUGGUGUGGUGCCGAGACAGCCCUCCCUUGUGUGAGUCAAAAGAAGAACAGUAUCCAAAGAUACUACGUCAUCAUUGACCACAAGGCCAUCUCUUGCAAGGCACAGACAUCCUCGGCAGCUUUCGAUGAGCUCUUCAAAGCACACUUCAUCUUCAGUGUCAACUACCACGAAUCCCUCUUUAACUUCGAUACAUUCAUCCAAACCACAGUUUUUAGCAUUGACGUAUGA